AUGGGUUGCUGCUGUAGCAAGGACUCGGGCUCAGAGGGCACUGAGACAUGGCCACGCUCUGUCACCCCCUCCGACAAUGCAGUCAAGGGAUACAUGGACACGGGUAACUCACCCAGAUCCAACUAUUCUUCUGCGAGCCCCAUGUCAUACAGUAUGAACAACCAGUCAUAUCCCAUCAGCAAUCAGCCCUGCAGUACUACAGUGCAGCAAACUGAUUACACUUGUCGCGGUGCCCUUCUCACCUCCAGUAUGAUCUCAAGCGACACCCAGAGUAGCCAAGAUGGUAACUCUGACGUCCAACAUGAUGAUCAAGCCCGCAGGGUAGAGGGCCGCACAUUCACUGGUGCACGCAUGGGUGGACGAGCAGACGACCUUGUUUUCUCAGGAAUGGCACAGAGCCAAGAGAAUCAAGGCAACGUCUUCCAAAAUAAAAACCCUGGCGUCCAACUUAAAAAACAAAUCCGUCGGGUAGAGAGCCGCACCUUCACUAGUGCGCGGAUGGGCAGACAAGCAGGCGGCUUUGUUGUCUCAGGAAUGGCACAAAGCCAAGACAAUCAAAACAAUGGUCACUUAAAAAAAUCCUUCAGCUUGUCUGUACCAGAGCCAGUCUAUGGCAGACGUGGCGAGUCCAGCAUGCCCAUCAAGAUAAGCCGGUAUGCGAGACUGAAUGUUGACGACCCCGUCAAAGCUACUGGCGUUUGA